GGAUCAUCCUGCAGCACUCGUUCAGCGAGCUUCGGGUGCCAUGACUCUGCGGCAGCGAGAGGCGACCAGCGGCCAAGUGAGUGAGGAGGGCGAGGCGGCCCCGGGAAAGGUAUCCGUCGCCCCUGCGGACGUGCCUUGCCAAGCACCUGAAUGCAAGACGCCGGAGUGCAAAGCGAAGCACGACGAGCACAACGCCAGAUGCAGGAGUUUCCUGGCCUCGCCGGUCUGGAAGUGCACUACGCUGGUGGUGGUUGGCUUCACGCCGGUCUUCGGUGUGGUGCUGGCCAUGCCGCACCUCUUGAACACUCUGGGUGUGGCCCCGUGGACGUUGGCCUGGCUGCUGCACUACUCCUUUGGUGCGUGGAUAUCCACGCAGUUCCUGUACAACUUCAUCGCGACCCAGUGGACUGACCCUGGCGGCUGCAAGAAUUUGAAGCCUGACAAGGAGGUCACCGGGCAAUUUCAGCUGGGAGGCGACCGGGACCAGCUGGCGCUGUUCUACGCGCCAAAUUGGUGCACGAAGUGCUCAUGCUGGAAGCCGCCCAGAUCCCACCACUGUAGCACUUGCAAUCGUUGCAUCCUGCGUAUGGAUCAUCAUUGCCCCUUCACGGGCAACUGCAUUGGUGCGCGGAAUCAUGGCCACUUCAUUCUCUUUUACAUCUUCGCGUUCAUAGGUCUGCUCUACUCCCUGGUUCUGUGCGUGGGUGCUGCGUACACCACAGACCAUUUGUCACGAUGGACGGAUCACAUUGAACCCAAGUGGAAGGAGCACAAGGCGUCGCUGAACAAGCACUUCAACUUUGGCUUGGCCGGGGUCGCCUUCUCCAUCUUUGUGCAGGUCCUGCGGGACAAGGGAAUCGAGAUUGUGGUGCAGCUGGUGUCCACCGUGAGCGCCCUGGUGGCGGUGCUGGGCACCGGAAUUCCGGCCUGCCACCUGGCGUGUGGCAACGUGACCACAAUGGAGAGGCUGUUUCCCAUGAAGGAGUACGUGCAGCUGCAGGACCAGGUCUACUGCCCAUUGGGGCCUGGGUUCUAUCGACAAAGCACCACGGAGAACUUGGCCGUGAUCAUGGGCAAGAGGUGGUGGCUGAGAUUGCUGCUCCCCAUCCCCGGAGAGUUGGACAGCGCCAUCCUGUCGCCGGCGCCCAGCAAGGAGGGCCAAGAGGCGCUGCAGGAUCGGAUGCGCCAAGUGGAGGAGCAGGGUGUGAAGCAAGAGGUGCGGACGUGCCAGGACCUCGGGUUCGACCCAGGCCCAGCGCAGCCCAAGGUGUGACGCGUGCGCGGAGAGGUUGGACCCGAAGAAUCCGGCCGACGGGUGGGGAAGGAGGCCGGCCUAGGUCCGCCAGCCAGGUGCCAA